AUGUCUCUCAGGCGCACGCCUCCCAAGACCUCCGCCUCCGCAACGCAACGGGCCCGCUCCGCGUUGCAGCCCCCCGUCGGCCCCGCUACCGCUACGAUGAAUUCCCCGGUGUUCAUUCAGACAAGCGGCGAAUCCGACGCCGUUGCGGCCCAUAGUACAGAUCAAUUUCGUGACUCACCGUCGCAACUUACACGUACGGCUCUGUCACUUAAUGAUUUAGCGUGCGACGAUAUUGUAACGAAACGCGUUAAGCGUAAAUUUGACUAG